UGUUGUGGUUUUCUGUCAAUGUGCCCCUUCUUGCAUCCUCUGAAUGUCUUUCCAUGUUUUAAUUUUAUUUUAAAAUCUUUAAAAGCAAAACCAUAACAAAGCAUAGAAUACUAGUUUAUACACUGAGCAAAAACAUUGGAUCGGCAAUAUAUUGUGUCGUGUCCCCCCCUCUCCGUAAUCAAAGUGGUGUUUACAAUCUGCGCAGAGUGUUCAAGAGUUUUUGUUUGGUCAACUUUACCGCGCGUACAAGAGUUCAAAUAUGUAUGUCGGUGUUGUGAAGAACGUUGUACCCUUGUGCUUUCUCAAGACAAUGUUGUUUUCUCCGCGCUGUCUGUCCACGGCCGCAGCCUGCCAUUCGCCCGUCCGUGUGCGAGUGCUGCCCAGCCCGAAAUGCCUCUUUGACGAGCCGGUACAAGUGAAAGUGGAGGGCCUCUCCCCGAACCAGGAGGUCGUUCUGAGGGCGAAGCUGACAGAUGAAAGGGGGGAGCUGUUCCAGUCCUCCGCCACGUACCGGGCAGACGGGAUCGGGGAAAUUGAUUUGUCCCGGUCUCCAGCUCUGGGCGGCAGCUUCUCCGGUACCGAACCUAUGGGUUUAUUCUGGGCCUUAACCGCCAAAAAUGCUCACAAAAAACUAGUAAAGCGAGACGUGCGAACCCCGUUCCUAGUCGAUAUCGAGGUGCACAGCGACGGGGAUACGGAGGGGCAGCUACUCGCCAAGGAGACUAACGAGAGAGGGUUCCUCGCAGAAGGCGUAGAGAGACUGCCCGUUAGGGAGGGCAAAGUUCGGGCAACCCUCUUUUUACCUCCCGGCAGGGGCCCCUUUCCCGGGGUCCUGGACAUCUACGGGACAGGGGGAGGUCUGCCCGAGUACAGAGCCAGCCUGCUGGCCAGCCGUGGGUUUGCAGUCCUGGCCCUCGCCUACUAUAGCUACCAGGACCUGCCCAAGGACAUAAGGGAGCUGGAGCUGGAGUACUUUGAGGAGGCCGUGAGCUUCCUCAGGACACAUCCACAGGUGAAAGGUCCUGGUAUAGGUGUCCUGGCAGUUUCUAAAAGUGGGGACCUGGCGCUGUCCAUGGCUUCCUACUUGCCUGGCAUCUCCGCCACCAUCAGCAUCAACGGCUGCAAUGCCAAUACGCUCUAUCCCCUGCGUUAUAAGGGCACGGUUAUCCCUCCCUUGUUAUUUAAGUCAAGCAGGUUAAUCUUAACCAAGUCUGGGAUCGCAAACAUCAGGGACACCCUCAAUAACCCCGCUGAGGGAGAGAAUCGCCAGAGCUUGAUCCCGAUCGAGCAAGCGCAGUGCAGAUUCCUCUUUGUUGUUGCGGAGGACGACCAGAACUGGAAGAGCCCAUUCUUUGCAGAAGAGGCAGCCAAGAGGCUCAGGGAAUGCGGGAAGGAGAACUUUGAGGUGGUAGUGUACCCUAGAGCAGGGCACUAUCUAGAGCCUCCCUACUUCCCUCACUGCCCCUCUUCACUGCAUUUACUGGUUGGUGUUCCGGUGGUCUGGGGAGGGGAACCCAAGAGCCACGGGGAGGCGCAGGUGGACCUGUGGGGCAGGAUACAGGCAUUUUUUAAGAAGUACCUUGAUGGGGAGAGCACCUCCAAGGCUAGGAUGUGAAACAGCAGUAUGGAUAACAAUGAGGAGGGGAAAUCUAUUUUGUCUGCUAGGAAUGCCUGCCAUCUGUUUCUGCAUCAUCUGCUUUUGUUCUGUGGUCAUGAGCAUGGUCCUAAUCUGUUUGCAGUACACAUGCAGCCACCAAUCCUAUCCCAACUAACUGAUAUUGGUAAAAAUAUUUUUCAAUCAGUAGAUGUACAGGAUGUGCAGCCCAUCUUGUGACAGUUUUAUGUAUAUCUGAGAUGAUCAAACAGAACCAAUCUAAUGACAGUCUUCACAUAGAACUCUUAUUGGUGCUAAAUAAAUGCCCCGUGUUGGAUGAAA